CCGAAACACACAUAUCUUUCUGGGAAAAAAAAAACCUUUAUAUACAGAUCCGGAUAUACAAAGCAUCACGACUAAAAAGAAAACACUAAUUGAACUCCCCCCACCAUGCCUAUCGGCGUAGCCAUCAUAGGAAGUGGCAACUUCGCCCGCGAAGAACACCUGCCCGGCGUGCAAGCUUCGGACGCAUUCGACUUAAAAGCCAUCUAUUCGCGGUCUCUCACUUCAGCGCAAACCCUCGCGACCGGAGUCUCCGGAGUCGACCUGUACUCGGAGGACGCAGGGUCGGGGAAAAGUUACGAUGAUCUGCUUAGUCGGUCGGAUAUCACGGCCGUUAUUAUAGCUAUCCCCAUCCUAGUACAGCCAGAGUUCAUCCGCAAGGCCCUGAUAGCGGGGAAACAUGUUCUGUCCGAGAAGCCAAUCGCGAAGGACCUAUCUGCGGCGCAGGACCUGAUUAACCUCCACAAUUCCCGCAUCGUCAGCAGCAAGACCGUUUGGGCUGUGGCCGAGAAUUGGCGGUACAUGAGCAAGUUUGUGCGGGCUGCGCAGGAGGUGCGGAGACUUGGCGGUGUUAAGAAUUUCCGGGUCGUCAUGAGGAGUAUGAUUAAGCCUGGGUCGAAGUAUCAUAAAACGGAAUGGCGUCGGAAACCCGAGUACCAGGGUGGGUUUGUUCUGGACGGCGGUGUUCAUGUUGUUGCUGCGCUGCGCUUGAUUCUGGGACAGAGUGAUGGUCUGGCUAUGGUGGCUGCGCAUUCGUCGCUGCGGCAGGAGCAUCUUGCCCCUGUUGAUACUGUUGAUGCGUUGGUUAAGACCCGAUCGGGCGCUACGGGUGUGCUGUCUGUCUCUUAUGGUUCGGAGAUCAAUGAUUCCGUUUUCGAGUUUACGUGCGCGGACGGUGUCGUGACGUUGGAUUUUGAUCGGUUGACGGUGAAUGGCGAAGGUUAUGAUGUGCCGUUUGAAGGUCGCGGCGUCAAUAAGGAGCUUGUUGAGUUCGCGGAGUCUAUUACCACUGGAGCCGGGAUUGCGACCCGCUUGCGACCGGAGGAAGCAUUGGCGGAUUUGGAGGUGAUGGAAGGCAUCUUCACUAGUAGCGCGAAGUCAGGGGAAAACCGGCAUCUGCACCUGCAGAUCUGAGAGGAGUAGGAAUGAUAGACCAGAUGCAAUAGAAGAUG